AUAGAGGAAAAAGCAUUUACGCGUUUCUUGUUAAAUUUGUCAGCAUCUUUUACUAAUUAACCUUCCACUAGAAGCAAAACAUCAGUAAAUUGGCGCCUUCCUAAACUUUCAAAUGAACCAAACAAGAAUCACACAUUUGAUGAAACCUGAAAAUCUCCUCCAACAACUCACCCCUAUCCCCACCCAAAAAUGCACUCUCGGCUGCCCAAUUCUUGACGGCCUCCUCAACGGCGGCAUUCCUUGCAAUUCAAUAACCGAAUUAGUCGCCGAAAGUGGUUGCGGCAAGACCCAAAUAUCCCUCCAACUCCUCCUCACCGCUCAACUUCCCGUUUCACUUGGCGGCCUCUCAUCUACCUCCUUAUAUCUCUACUCCGAGUCACCAUUCCCCCUUCGUCGCCUUCACCAACUCUCUUCCUCAUUUCCCACUCUCAAAAACCCCUUAGAUAAUAUUUUAACUCAUCCUCUUCACUCUGCACACCACCUGUUCGACGUAUUGUCCCAACUAGACUCCUUCUUAUUAUCAUCCCCUAUUAAGCUAAUUGUGAUUGAUUCUAUUGCUGCUUUGUUUAGGUUUGAAUUUGAAAACAAUCCCCGUGAUCUUAAGCAGAGAUCGGGGUUGUUUUUUAAGAUUUCGAGUAAAUUGAAGGAACAAGCGAGGCGAUUUGGGUUGGCCGUAGUGGUGAUUAAUCAGGUUGUUGAUGUAAUGGAUGAUUCGGAUGGUUUAAGGAUUGGGAAUUCGACGUGUUUGUAUACGUCUGAGAGGAAAGUAAGUGCUGCUUUGGGGGUGUCGUGGGCGAAUUGUGUUAAUACGAGGUUGUUCUUGUCGAGGAAUGAAGAGAGAAUUGAUCAAGAGGUAAUUGGGGAUGAUUGUUUUGCUACGCGAACUCGGAGGUUUAUACGCGUUGUUUUUGCUCCUCAUCUGCCUGAUUCUUACUGUGAGUUUGUUAUUACCAGAGAAAAAGUUUUUGGUUUAGGAAGAUAAAACAUCGGCUUGAACAAACUAUGUACUGAUUAUCUAUUUAACAGAAAAAAGAAUCUCUUAUUAUGGACACUACCUGUUCAAUUGUCCCAACUAGACUCUUUAUUCCUGUUAAAGUUAAUUGUGAUUCAUUCAAUUGAUGCUUUGUUUCUGUUUGAAUUUGAAAACAACCCACAUGAUCUUAAGGAGAGAUCGGGGUUGUUUUUUAAGAUUUCGUGUAAACUGAAGGAGCAAGCGAGGCGAUUUGGGUUGGCUGUAGUGGUGAUUAAUCAGGAUGUUGAUGUAAUGGAUGAUUCGGAUGGUUUAAGGAUUGGGAAUUCAAAUUGUUUGUAUACAUCUGAGAGGAAAGUAAGUGCUGCUUUGGGUUUGUCGUGGGCGAAUUGUGUUAAUACGAGGUUGUUCUUGUCAAAGAAUGAAGAGAGAAUUGACCAAAGA